CAACGACGGCGGCAGUGGCGGUUUGACAAGUUUCGACCACCGACACACGCAAAGCCAUCGUCGCUCGGUGCUAACCCCUCUUAUUAUCUCUCCGCCGUAUUUUUUCCUUUCCUUGUCGCUUUUAACCAAACGAUUCGUGACCCUCUUAUUUCAACGGACGCGCGCUACGUGAGCAGGGGCGUCGAAAGGAGGGGGGAGGGGUGAGAAGCAGGGCUGCGUCGGGGUGACGAACCAACACGACUAACCUACCGUUACCCAAUACUCCGCCCCUCCUCUCGUGACGUAUAUAUUUGUAACGUGCAUUAACAAGGGGCGGCUCGUUCUCGCAUGGGAGAACUCUCCCCCCUUGCAGCCGCUCUCGGGCCAUAAGGGAAAAUCAAUGGCGCGCGCUUUUUCCGCCGUCUCGCUAGGUCGAGCACGAUGUAAUUAUGAUUCCGGGCGUAUAAUCGGGUUAGUCGCGCAACCUGCCCUUUUCGAUCGGCUGAAAUUGGUUUUUAACGACGACCUUCGCCGCAAAGUUGACUCAUCGCGUCGCGCCACCGCCACCGACGCCGCCGCCGACGCUCUCCCUCCCUCGCCCCGUCUUAUUUGCACUCGCACCUUUGAGUCGCCUGAGCUCGCGAGCGUCCUCGAGGUCCUUUAAGUGCCAGCACGCAUGCCGGCGAGUUUAUAAGUUUAUGGAGUGUGUCGGUGAAUCAGAGAGAAAGACACGACGAUGCGACAAUGAGACAAUGAUGUCAUGCGACGUAUGACCUGUCUCCUGUUUGCCUGUCGGUUGACGGCCGGCCAAGACUCCCACACUCUUGUCAAACUUUUGCUUCGUCGGCAAUGCCGGGUUCUGUUCGCAGCUCCACAACUCCAUAAUCCUACUUCUCCAUCGUCCGUUGGAUUUCUUUCUUUCUUCAAUCUAUCGACGUGAUCCUGAUCGCAUCCUGUGGAUUGAACAGUGGGAAGGUACAAUGAUGCAAGAUGAGGAUCUUGGCGGUCCUGCAAGCAAGAACGUAUUCAGUAAGGCAGUAGCUAGAAUUUCACAGGUCUGUAAUGUUUAUCAAAGUUGGCUGGACCAGUGGACGCCGCAUGUUAUAUUAAGAUGGGCAUUUGCAGUUUUUUUAAUCAUUCUAUUUAUCCUUCGUAUAUUGUUGGCACAGGGAUGGUAUAUUAUCACUUAUGCAUUGGGUAUCUACCACCUUAACCUAUUUAUAGCAUUUCUCACACCAAAAAAUGACCCAGCGAUGGACUUUGAUGAUGCUGACGGACCCCAGCUACCGACGAGGUCAAACGAAGAGUUUAGGCCAUUUAUCAGAAGAUUACCUGAAUUUAAAUUUUGGUAUUCUGUGUGUAAAUCCACCGUCGUCUCUUUGAUACUUACUUUAUUCGAUUUCUUUAAUAUACCAGUAUUUUGGCCAAUACUUGUGAUGUACUUUAUCACAUUAAUGUGUCUUACAAUGAAGCGUCAAAUAAAGCAUAUGAUAAAAUAUAGAUACUUGCCUUUUACACAUGGUAAACCAAAAUACCAAAAUCACAUUGAAACUACGAAAUAAUUACAAGUUGAAUAAAGUGAAAGUAUGUCUGCUGAAGAUAAAAAAAAAAAAAAACAAGUAUACGUGCGUAAAUUCAUGUAUAAUUCAUUUUUUUUUCUUUUUUGUUUAUUUUUGAGAACUGUUUCAAAUUGACUGUAAAUGAAUUUCUGUUUUCUGAAUGACAAAUUUGUAUGAGUAAAGUCAUUGCAUUGUUCAAGGAUAUUAAAAAAAAAGAAAAAAAAAAACUUAAAAAUGGAAUGAAAACAAAGUGAAUGAGUGUAAUAAAAUAUCGUUUUGUAAAGUUAA